AUGCUUGAAUUUGAACAAUAUUUUUCGGCCCAAGUCUUUUUCAUCAUUCUCAGGGAAACGUUAGAGUCGGUCAUCAUCAUCUCGGUGUUGCUAGCCUUCAUUGACCAGUCCUUCCAAACCACGGCCGAUGCCAUUAAAACCCCGACAAACACCAACCCUCUUAUCCCUAAUAAACAGUCUGAAACUGGCCCUCUCUCUGCCAACACUUCAUCCAGUUUAGCCUCCAAGUUCAAGACUGAGAUCAUCUUAGGGGCCAUUGCAGGCCUAUCAGUAUGCUUCAUGAUUGGGGCACUUAUCAUUUACCUCUUCUACAGAGUCUCUGUUGAUUACUGGUCCUUAACUGAGCAUUACUGGGAAGGGAUCUUUUCCAUUAUUGCGGCCAUCAUCAUCAGUGUCAUGGGCUUUGGUAUGUUACGUGUCGAGCGGUGGAAGGGAAAGUGGGAACACAAGCUCCGCUCAUCGGUGAAUCCCCAGUGGCUAUUUGACGAGAAUCAGAUCUCCUGGGCCAAAAGGCACACCAUGUUCAUUCUUCCUUUCAUCACCACCUUGCGUGAAGGGCUUGAAGCGGUAGUGUUUGUGGGAGGGGUUGGAAUGUCUGAUCCCCUCACCACCUUACCGUUAUCCUUUUUACUAGCCUUACUUCUUGGUUUAUCGAUCGGUGUGGUGAUCUACAAGUUUGGGACCACCGUUCAUUUGAAAUACUUUCUCGUCUCCUCCACGUGUCUUCUCUAUUUGGUGGCAGCCGGGUUGUUCAGCAAGGGCAUCUGGCAGUUCGAGUUGCAGCGCUACAUUAAUUUGUGCAACGGUCAGGAUAUGAGUGAGGUGGGUUCGGGUCCUGGCUCGUAUGACAUCACAAACUCGGUGUGGCACGUAAACUGUUGUAACGGUGAGAUUGACGGCGGAUGGAUGAUGUUCACUGCUAUUUUUGGGUGGACCAAUAGUGCGACAUAUGGGAGCGUAUCGGGGUACAUCGUAUACUGGUUAGUGAUCGUUGGAGUGGUCUACAGGAAGUACUCACUUGAACGUACGGCUACUGAGGGGAGAUACCAGACGGUUUCGGACCAACCACAAGCGGAAGGAAGCUCCUCUGGAGUGCGUGCCUCGCUGGGUGGCUCCGCUUUGGUAUCUAUCCAGGAGGAAGUACAAAGCGACGCUAGAAUCUCUGUUGACAGUCGCACGCUCUUGCUUGAAUAA